CAUUGGCUCACUGCGGUUUCCUUGGGGACGUGGCGCCGCAGGCGUCUAAGGCCUCCUUCCGGCUGAGUUAGAGGCCCGGGGAAAACCUCUGGACCCUGCAGUGCAGGGUUGAGGGAGACGGCGGGCCAUUCGACCCGUGAGUGUGAGCGCGAGAAGACUGCGGGGCCGGGAGGGGAAGCGGGGACCUCCAUCCCCGCCACCUGGGGUCUGUGGGUUCCUCGAGGAUGCCGCUGACCCUCUAGAACGCCCUGCCCCCAGGAAACCCGGCCUUCAGACUUAGGAAAUGCCUGGGACGAGGAGACCACCUUCUCAAGGCAAAAAGAAAAGGAGGUGACAGGCGUUGAGACCACUGAAGGGAGCCCAUGGCUAGGAUCAGUUUUUCCUACCUCUGCCCAGCCUCCUGGUACUUCACUGUGCCCACAGUGAGCCCAUUUCCUCGUCAGCGGGUGGCAUUCCUAGGACUCUUCUUCAUAUCCUGUCUCCUUUUACUUAUGUUAUUCAUGGACUUUCGACAUUGGGGUACUUCCCUACCACGAGAUAGGCAAUACGAAAGAUAUUUGGCUCGAGUAGGGGAUCUUGAAGCUACUGACACUGAAGAUCCAAAUCUAAAUUAUGGACUUGUUGUGGACUGUGGCAGCAGUGGCUCCCGGAUUUUUGUUUAUUUCUGGCCAAGACAUAAUGGGAACCCCCAUGACUUGUUGGACAUCAAACAGAUGAGAGACCGCAACAGCCAACCAGUGGUUAAAAAAAUCAAGCCAGGAAUCUCUGCAAUGGCAGACACCCCAGAACAUUCCAGCGAUUACCUUCGUCCUCUUCUGAGCUUCGCUGCUGCCCAUGUGCCUGUGAGGAAGCACAAGGAGACCCCACUGUACAUUCUCUGCACAGCAGGCAUGAGGCUCCUCCCCGAGAGGAAGCAGUUGGCUAUCUUGGCUGAUCUAGUGAAAGAUUUACCUCUGGAGUUUGACUUCCUCUUUUCUCAGUCUCAGGCAGAAGUGAUCUCUGGAAAGCAGGAAGGUGUUUAUGCAUGGAUCGGAAUCAACUUCGUUUUGGGAAGAUUUGACCAUGAGGAUGAGUCAGAUGCUGAGGCUCCCCAGGAAUUGGCAACAGGACGCAGAAGGACAGUAGGGAUACUGGAUAUGGGAGGAGCCUCUCUCCAAAUUGCUUAUGAAGUUCCUACCUCAACUUCUGUCCUUCCUCCACAACAGGAAGAAGCUGCAAAGAUCUUGCUGGCUGAAUUCAACCUGGGCUGCGAUGUGCAACAUACUGAACACGUGUACAGGGUUUACGUCACGACUUUUCUGGGUUUUGGGGGCAACUUUGCCCGACAGCGCUAUGAAGACCUUGUGCUGAAUGAGACUUUACACAAAAACAGGUUGCUGGGGCAGAAGACAGGUCUGAGUCCUGACAAUCCGUUUCUGGAUCCCUGCCUGCCUGUGGGACUCACAGAUGUAGUGGAAAGGAAUAGCCAGGUCCUGCAUGUCCGAGGAAGAGGGGACUGGGUGGCUUGCAGGGCCAUGCUGAACCCCCUGCUGGCUCGAUCCAACACCAGCCAGGCCUCGCUGAAUGGCAUCUACCAGUCACCCAUUGACUUCAAUAACAGUGAAUUCUACGGUUUCUCUGAGUUCUUUUACUGUACAGAGGAUGUGUUGCGCAUCGGUGGCCGCUACCAUGGACCAACAUUUGCCAAGGCUGCUCAGGAUUACUGUGGCAUGGCUUGGUCAGUACUCACUCAGAGAUUCAAGAAUGGCCUCUUUUCAUCACAUGCAGAUGAGCAUCGACUCAAAUAUCAGUGUUUUAAGUCCGCUUGGAUGUACCAAGUUCUUCAUGAAGGAUUCCACUUUCCCUAUGACUACCCAAACUUGCAGACAGCCCAACUGGUCUAUGACCGGGAGGUUCAGUGGACGCUGGGAGCCAUUCUGUAUAAAACACGCUUCUUACCACUCAGGGAUCUACGACAGGAAGGCGUCCGGCAGGUCCAUGGUACCUGGUUCCGUCUCUCUUUUGUCUACAACCACUAUCUCUUCUUCGCCUGUAUCCUGGUGGUGCUGCUGGCCAUCAUCCUGUACCUGCUGCGGCUACGCCGAAUUCACCACCGACAAACUCGAGCCUCAGCCCCGCUGAACUUACUGUGGAUCGAGGAGGUGGUGCCCAUGAUUGGGGCAGAGGUGGGGCCCUGAGGCCAGACAAGCUCUGGGGAAGCUCCAGUACCCCAGAGUUGCCAUUGAAUUCCGCCACUUUCUGGUAUCAGCCUCAGGUGCCGUGUUGCCUGACUUUGUGGAUAUUCGGCUUUGGAAUUUGAACUUUAAUAUCUAAUUCCUUCUCAAUAUCCAGGUCCUCUUCUCUGAGAGAAGCUGUAAUUUAGUCCAUGAAGAACUAAAUGAGAGAUUGGUGCUAACCAAGGGGACCAAAUUUAGUCCAAAGGAAGCAUGCUUCUGCUCUUUUUUCUGAGAGGUCUGGGGUGCUCCUGGGGUCCAGACUUUUCUGUCCUUGCUAAAGCAUGAAGAUUGGCGUUGGGCACACUGGAAGCCUGGUUGAAACCAAACUUGGAGCAUCUGAUACAAAGUCGAAGACAUUCUAGCACGUGCAGUAGCCCCUUCUUUCUCUGUAACAGAGAUAUCAUUUAUGUGGAGAUCCACAGCCUUUAGUAGGGAUCCAAGAUCUUUGCAGAUCAGUGGAACAGAUAUGAAUUUCCAGGCAACCAAGUAAUACAACCUCUCUGCUUACUCGACAAAGAAGCCAUGAUGAGUGUGGUCCAAGAUCCCUGACAUACUGUUGUUGUUAGUUUGUGAUUUAAAAAGGUUAGAACCCUUUCUAAAUGAAUGGUCCAUUGAAGAUGUAACAAUAUGUUAUCUGACGCCUGGUAUAACCAGGACAGAAAAAUUUUCCAUGUCUAUGUGCCUCACCGGCGCUUUGGGCAUUAAUUCUUUUUGAGCCAUAAGUGUGCUUGUAGGGAUGGAGAAACUGUGAUGGGGACUGGGAGGCCUGAAUUUGUCUGGUUUUAGGUCACUGUCCUCUAGCCCUGUUUUUAUGAGUCCUUAGAUGGGAAGAUUCAAAAAGAGUUCCUUUAUUUCACUGCUGAGAUCAGUACGUAUUUUGGGAAGGGAUCUAUCUCUGGGUUGUUUUUAAAGAAGGAAAGGACAAUAUCAGGAGAGUGGGCAAAGGCAAUAAAAUCCAAGCUCUUAUUUAUUAAUGUUUUUUCCUGAGAAAUAGAAGUUUCCUCAAUUUUACUCUGGAAUGUUUGAAAAGAAGCAAAUCCCAAACUUUGGAAUAAACAGAUAAAUCUGUUAAUGAUCACCUGGAAACUUUCAGCAUAUUUCUUAGAUUUCCCAGUCACAAACAGCAUUUCCAUUAGUGGGGAGAGAGGAAAAGGCAUGGUAAUUACAUUUUUAUCUGCUACCCUUCAGGCUUUGCUUCUCCUCUGUAUUUAGCCUUUAAAUUGCACAAGGAUUUCUUUUUCAUCAACUGCCAUCUUCCCUCAUGGAACCUUCUUUAUACUUUUAUCUUUUCCUCUAGGUGGCCUUGAAUGACCUUCCCAAGAAUAUGCUCCCAGAGAAUUUUCUUUUUUUGUCAGCUUUGAGGUUUAGGGUUAAGUAGGGAAAAGUUCCUUGACUUUAAAGAGAAAGGAAAGUGGAAUUCUUAAAAAAUAAAUUCUACACUGGGAGCAGAAAGGAAUUAAAUGCUUCCUAAAACAGAGAAAAAUAAAUCAAGAUCUUCCUAGAAAUAAAUUGGGAUGAAACUAAGUAUACUGGCUUUCGUUGGUAGGUGAAAAGAGGAUGAGUCUUGAAUUGUUUUCAAAUUAGAUAAAAAUGUAUCUAGCAAAGUGUCUUAGUUUCCUUUGGAAGUAUUUUUUACUUUUUAUUAGGGCUUAUGCCACAGCAAUUUCCUUUAAUUUUUAAGAUUUCUAAAUUCCCUUGAUUUUGACUUCUUAUCUUUGUAGUUAAACUGUGAGUGAGCUCCUGCCUUUGAAUGCUGCCGAUAAAGUUCUAUGUUUUUGCUGGCCCUUGCCUACUCAGGUAGCUCUCUUCCCCUCACCUUGGUUUCUAAACAUUGUUUUUGGUUUUCUUGUGAUAUCUAGUCAGUGAUCUAGUUAAAAGCUACCUAGUUGGCCAACAGUGACCACAUUUGUGUGCUCAGAAUGAAGUUGAAGCAUGGAGGUGAUGGUGACUAGUCCAGUCGGAAAGCAUUUAUUAAUAAAGUUAUUCUUCAUUCUGCUUAUGAUAAUAGUAACUACCUGUAGCAAAGCACUUAGAGUGUACCAGAUAUUCCAUUAAGAAUUGGAUCUGGUGUUGCUGUGGCUGUGGUGUAGGCUGGCUGCUGCAGCUCCAAUUCAACCCCUAGCCUGGGAACUUCCAUAUGCUGCAGGUGUGGCCUUAAAAAAAAAAAAAAAAUGGUAUAGUAAAGAAUUUUAUGUAUGUUAUUUAAUCAUCAUGACCACCUUUCAGAUUGAUAUUACUUUGUUCUUUUUAUAGUUGAGAAACUCAGGAUACCUGUUUAUCUUUUUUCCAUAUAAAUGUAUUUCUUAUUUAUUUUAACUAGUCUUUGAAUUUUAGUGUGUUAUAUCCUGUUUAUUAUUUUAAUAUCAUAGGAUCUAGGCUUGUCUUUAUUCCCAUGAGUAGAUGGCUCAGAGUUCAUGGUAUAAAAACAAGGACACAUUUGCAUUGUACCACUCAGAAAAACUGAGUAUCUGCUCCUUGGUACUGUGCUUCUUCCAUUGCUCCCAAUUAAAAACUUUCAAUGAAAUCUCAGUAGCUAGAAACAGAAACCAUUAAAACCUUGCUGAGGAGCAAUUAUAUAUAUUGCCUUCUUAUAAUGAAAUACUCCUACUUAGAGAAUCAGACAGUCCAUCUUACAUUUAACCCCCUUUUAGCCCUCUAUUUUUAAAGAUGUCUUUUUCAUUUCCAUUUCUGCAUUUUGUGUGGUUCCCCUGUGAAAAUAAUGAUGGUUUCAUAAAAUUUACAUUCCACUGGUUCCUUUGAAUCUUAUCAAGCAGUUUUCUUUAUAACAGCAGCAGUGACCCUGAACUGUUCUAGUGCUUUUAUUACUGGGAUAUGUCACAAAUGUCAAAAUUGAGUCAGUGGCUUAUAGGAGUGAGGCUUUAUUAUUCUUUGCACUGGCACCAUCUAUCACUUUUCUCUGAAUUCUUGUCAUGAGAACAUAAUGAAAAUAUGUAUAAUACCCAAUUAUAUGGCAUUACAUUCACUUAAGUUGCUGCUAGCUCUAAGCCAAACUAUACCAUCUUUCUCUCUGUACCUUUAGCUCUUUGAUUUUCCUUGUUCUAGGGAAUUUUAAUCAGUUUCCACCAACCUUGUAUUUAUUCUCCUAAUGUUACUCAAAGUACUCUGCCUCUGCCCUCCUCAGCGUAAGAAAUUUAUUUAACUUCAAAGGCCUUAGGCAGUGAUUAUUAAAAUGCUGUUGAUUUGAGUCUGCCAUGCACUUGCUAAGCUAGUCACUAGUUAGGCAUUAACAUUUGUUAUCACCUCCAUAUUUACAUAUUUGAGAUACAAUAACUGGCUUGUUGGUAUUACCUAAAUAGAUGCUCCCACCCCACCUCUAUUCUUACAGUUUUGUGUUUUGCUUUUCGUCAGUGAAAGACAAGUGGGUGGUAUGAUUUAGGGCAAGGAACACUGGGCUUCCGAACAGCAGACUGGAUUCUAGCCCUGGCUCUGUCAUUAAUUAACUCUGAUACCCCAGGUAAGUCACGUGCCCUCUCUGGUUCAUUCGUCAUCUGUAAACAAGGUGGCUAGACAAGAUGAUCUGAGAACAGUUGGCUUAAGGAACUAAAGGCAGGAAAGGUAGAGAAGUGACAAGUAGUUUCAGGAAGAGGAUUGUGGCCCUUGGGUUUAGAAGACCAGGCUACCCAGAAGAGCCUGUGAUCAUCUUUACUUUAUCCAUAGCCCCUGGCAUUAAGGUUGAUGGGAAUGGAGUUUCCAGUAGCAAUCAGUACUCAUCAGUUUCAGAAAACAAGAUGUUUAAAGCUGAGAUUUUAGAGAUUUCUGGUUAACCCCCUUGAUUUUAUGGAUGAUGAAACUGACACUCAGAACAAUAGUAAUACAUGCAAAUGAAAUGCUCAUUGACAGAAUCUUCCUGCAAGGCUGUUUAUUUCAACAGAAUACAUAUAAAAUACAGCUGACUGCCACUAACCAUGCUCAAUCUUUAUCACUGCUUCUGAUACUCAUUUGAUUGCUCACAUUUAAGAAUAAAAUAUGAAAGACAUACUUUGUUAGAAAUAGUAUCAGGUUUUCACUGCAUCUAUUCUAGCUUCUGGAUUUCUUUCAAUUCUUUAAAUUUUUUUUUUUUUUUUUUGGCUUUUUAGGACCAUUACCUGCAGCAUACAGAAGUUACCGGGCUAGAAGUUGUAUCGGAGCUGCAGGUGUCAGGCACAGUCACAGCCGCAGCAGCUUAGGAUCCGAGCCGUAUCUGUGACCACAGAUCAUGGAAACGAUGGAUCGUUAACCCACUGAGCGAGGCUAGGGAUCAAACUUGCAUCCUCAUGAAUAUUAGCUGAGUUCGUUAAUCGCUGAGCCGCAACGGGAACUCCUUAAAUGUCUCUUUUUAAAAUAAUUUGCUCAAUUUUAUACAAUUUUCUUAACCACAGCAUCCACGCAAUUCAUGUUAUGGUUACAAUCUAAAUUAUUUAAGGUAUAAAUGUUUAUUAGAUCUACCUCAUUAAGGAACUUGAUUGUAAUUACUGGGCAAUUCUUAGACUCUCUUAUAGAAACAGAGUGCUGUUUCUUUUUGUUGUUUUUAAACUUUUUAAAGCAAUUCAGAACUAGUAUCUGAUUUCCCUUUUUGCUGUGGUGUGUGAUGAAACUUGAUUUGGAAUUAAGGUAGAAGUAGUGGCGUAUGUUUCAAAUUCUCCCAAACUAUUCUCUUAGAUUAUGCUAAUUUCAGAGUCCUGCCAUUAGGGCCAGAUGCUCUGUCAAAUUUCAGAAGAUUUGUUGGUAUUACAAAAAGUAGUUGUUAAAAAAUGAGGACUUUUAAAAAAAUAUCCUAAUAGAUUUCCCUUGUAUUAUUACACGAGUGCUUCCUUCCCCCCCCCCCCCAGUAGUUCAUUAUUUCUGUUUGUCAGUACGAUUAUUAGAGGGAUAGAGGGACACAUCCUCAGACCAUUUUCUCUGCAAGUCUGGGCAAUAAGAUCCUUUUAUUUGUAAAACCGAGUCAUUACUCAUACUAUAAGGGCUUUCUACUUUUUAUAUUUAACUGCUGCUUUCCAUUUUUAUAAAAAACAAAGUUGAAAAAAAAUUCUGAAUCAUAGGAUAUGUACAGCCAUGCAUGCGUGACUUCAGGCAAGUUGAGCAUCUCCUUUUUAAGUACUGCAGCCACUCACAUGCCCUCUGGCAGCUUACCAGUCCUCCAUUCCGCACUUCUGUCUGAGGUGGCCCUGCUCCUUUCCUAAGCAGCCCCUCCUACUGAGCACCUGCCAGUUUAGCCUGUUAAAACCACUGGUGGUGAAGGUUCUGCCCCUUAUUAGCUUCAUAAAAGUCCUUCUCUGCAAGCAAGGAUCCCAGACAAACAUUAUGAUGUCUGGGAUUUGGCAUUAUGUUGUGUUUAAAAUUCUCAUUGCACAGUUUUUCAUUGAAGCCGCCCUUAAGUGUAUGCCUUGUCUCCUCCAUGAUUUCUGCCUUGAGCAAUGGAUCCCACAGUGCUGAAAGGCAUUUUUUUAUUAUGAUCCACAACUAUAACUCCCUUCUUGCUUUUAAAAAACCAAAGGCUGCCUUCAUCGCAUCAUUUUUGGGGGUGGCUGAGAUGGUAAGUUUUUCCAGCCCUUCACAUUAAGUAAUAAUUUUGCUGAACAGGUCUUAAAAUUCUUACUAAUACUGUUAAAAAAAAGGUUGAAGAAAUGUGCCAUGCUUAUUAGAGAGGGGAUGCAUUCUCCCUUAUACAGGGACAUGGGUAUAUAUGUCACAUAUGCCAGUCUGCAACCACCAUUCAUGCCAGGACCGGAAAGCCUGCUGCAGAUGAACGGUUAUCCUACUAUCACAGUCAUUUGUGUUGGUCUCGCAGCCAGCAUCACUUUAGGCAGUAGCUAGUUAUUACCCCUGACACGAUGGACAGUGUCUGUCAGUGUAAGUUUAAGAUAAAAUAUUCUGGGUUGAUUAAGCAAGCUAGGUGUUUUAAUUUCCUUUGACAUUUUCAAAACAACUGACAGAAUUGUUGAGACCUUUGAAAUCUUAAGGGAAAUUCAUUUCAUCUUCUAGGUAUGAUGGCUUCUUUUGAAAGCAGUGACUGGGGACAUCAAUCUGUAAUCACUUUUUCCAUUCAUUCAUGCAAUAUUUGGUAUGUGUCUGGCGCUGGGAAUAAUGCAAACAAAAAUAAUUCAUAUAAUCUCCAUUCACCAGGAGCUCACAUGAGCAAAACAGAGUUAUAUUGCUAAAUGCAAUCCGAUCUGUUUUUCCAAACUUAUUCAUUUUUAAUAAAAGAAAAACUAAGUAUAAA